AUGCGUUCUGUCUGCUUUUGUCCGUUGCGCGUCGUCUCCUCCUGCCUACAGGCGAUCGGCGCCAACAUGCAUCGUUUCGGCUUGAGGAAGCGAAUGGCCUCGGCCGUGGGCGGAGUCGAAGGUCUCCGGAAACGGUUGAUACAGUGUCAUCACACGUUGGCCAAACCGGACAGUCUGAUCGACUGUAUGGUGAAGGAGCACAUCCUCCGGCUGCCCGUCAACCUGCGCAACAUGCGCAGCCUGCGCGAGGUCUAUCUUCGCUCGAUUGUGCGCUAUCCGAUCCUCUAUCGCAUGAUCCUGCGCCGGCGAACCAUCAUGCCGCAAGAGCUGCAACACUUUCUCAGCCGGAUCAUGGAGGCCACCGAUCUCUCCGACAAGGUGCUCAUUUCGGCCGCUCAACCAUGCGCCCAAAUGGACCACGAAGAGGCGCGUCGGCCCAGCCCCGGCGCCGCCAAGACUGUCGCGAGGGCGCCGAAGACGAGCAACUCGAGAGUGCGCCACUUUUCCGCGGCCGCCAAAGAACUCGACGCUUCCGGCUUCUUGCCCGGCGGCCCACGUCUGCCCGAGCGACAACGAGCCGGCCGGAUUUCGAUGAAAUCGCAAACGUACCGACGCCGCCGCGGUACCGACGCCCCGGCAACCGGGGUCCAGGCGUUCAGUGAACACGGAGCCAUGCUGAUCGGUUGGGGCCUCGAGGCGCCGGAAGACGAGGACGAUGAGAACGAGGACUCGGUUAGCCAGAACGAAGAGGUGGAAGAGGAGGGCGAGGAGGCGAAAGAGGAGGAAAGGGAGGAGGAGGAGGAGAAGGAGGAGGAAGAGGAGGAGGAGGAGGAA